AAUAAUAGAGUAACCUGCCCUUACUUCCGACUCGAGCAGACAUCGAUUUUCGAUAUUUGCAUUCUUUCGGGGUAUUUAUGCGCUAUCGUUUAAGUUCCUGCUUUCAGACACCGAUUAGGCAAAGGUCAAAUAUCAUCACCAAGGUGUUCCCUGGCGCACGUUCUCUGGAAGUUUUACCAGCAUAGUUCCCCAGCUGAUAAUCAUCUGGCACAAUGGGUGGGUCCCACUCCAAGUCGGACCCUCCCCGUUACAUGAACUCGAAGGAGGCCAGGGAGGUUGCAGGGCUCAUCACAGAAAACUGCGUGAUGGUUUUCUCUAAGACUUACUGCCCAUACUGCAAAGAAGUAAAAAAUAUUUUCAAGAACAUGAAUGUGCCUUUUCAGUGUGUGGAACUGGAUAUCCGCCAUGAUGGACAGGAGCUACAGGAUAUACUGCAAUACUUGACCAAGGCUAGAACGGUGCCAAGAGUGUUUGUCAACGGGGAGUGCAUCGGAGGCUGCUCUGAGACGAAGGCGCUGUAUCAGACCGGACAGCUGAAGGACAAGCUGGAAUCCUGUGGCAGUUGAUACUGACCGCAAUCAGUCCGUUUCUGUUUAACUAUUUUAUGAUAUUCAGAUUCCAAUAUCUUUUAUGCAUUGUUCUCACACUGAACAUAGAUCUCUUAAGCAAAGAUUUGUGGCAAUAUUAGAGAGUAACCAUGGUAACCUGUUUGAGGCGUCGGGAGGAGAUUGGGCUGGGUUGACCAAAUGUGACCUGCCAGGAGAAUAUAUCCAGGAAAAACCUGAAUUUUUAUUUACACAGUUUACAGUCAUAGUUUCCGUUUCCUUAUUAAGUUGUACCUUUUGUAAUUUAUUAGGAAUAUAGGUGAGUUAGAAAUUUAAUGUCGCAUCAGCAUUGUUUCAGCCAUAUAGAGAUAUUAGGAUUUUAAGCAAAGUUUCUUGGCAAGUGACUUUGUGAAGAAAGAAUUAUUUUGUCAAAAAUAUUCAAGUCCUUACUUU